AUGUCUGAGGAGGACAUCUGUCUGUUCCUGAUGCCUUUGAUCCCGAUCCUGAAUCCAGAUCCUGAAUCCUGUUCCCAGCCAUCACUGAGUCCAGUUUGGGACUUCGCCAGUGCCAGCCGUGUCUACGAGCCAGAUAGAAACGUGCUGAGAAGGAAAGAAUGGGAAAGGAGAAAUCAGGAGGCCCAGCAGGAGGAUGGCGCAUUUAACACGAGUUACUCCCUCUUCAGUGAACCAUACAAGACUAACAAGGGGGAUGAGCUCUCGAAUCGCAUCCAGAAUACGCUGGGCAACUAUGAUGAAAUGAAAGACUUGUUAACUGACCGAUCAAACCAGAGCCAUCUUGUUGGGGUUCCAAAACCUGGGGUUCCUCAGACGUCUCUCCCCAAGCUCGAUGAACAUCUUGUAGCAAACUCGAGACCACCGCCUCCUCCCCCUAUUUCCAGCACUACUUCUUCCACACCAGCAGCCCUAUCUGCCCAGCAGAACAAAAGCGCGACCAUGGGCUGGCAGAAAGCCGGGCACAAUGCCACUUCAGAUGGCCAGCAGAGAGUGAGCAAGCACGGCUCACUGAGGGCCACACUAGGAGACAACAUCAACAGAGUGCAGCACCCGGCAAAGCUCAAUUGUAGCUCGGAAGGAGGAGCUCAAGCUCAAGAGAGGCCAGCAAAGCAUGGUGGCAGUCACUGUGUCCAAAACUUCCCACCUUCUCUUGCUUCAAAGCCCAGUCUGGUUCAGCACAAACCAACAGCUUAUGUAAGGCCAAUGGACGGUCAAGACCAGGCUCCUGAUGAGUCUCCAAAGCUGAAGUUACCAGCAGAGACGACCAAGUCGUAUAGGGGAGUGCCUUCUAACAAGCCUGAUUCAGCCAGGACCAAGUCAAAGAUAGCCAAGUUCAGCAUUCCUAAGCAAGAAGAGGACAGUGGAACAGGAGAUAACAGCUGCAUUGAAGAAAUAUUGCGGGAGAUGACCCAUUCAUGGCCUCCACCACUCUCAGCUAUUCACACACCAGGAAAGGCAGAACAAAGCAAGUUUCCCUUCCCAAACAAGGAGUCACAACAGGGAUCUACAGGACACAGCAAUACAAGGAAAAGUGAUGUUGAGCCAAAGAGUCCAGAGAAAAGCGCAACCCAUACAUCAAUGCUAGAAGAUGACCUCAAGUUAAGCAGCGACGAAGAGGAGAAUGACCAGCAGGCAGCACAGAGAUCUGCUCUCCGCGUUCUAUCUGACAGCCUGGUGGUGCCGCAGUCCAACGCCCGAGCCUCGGGACUCUCCAGCAAGGGGUCGAGCAGCAGCAGCUCCAGUGAAUCCGAGACCAGCUCAGAGUCUGACUCAGAGAGCGAAAGCAGCUCCAGCGAGAGUGACGGCAGCAAGCCCUCGCAUUACUCCAGCCCAGAGUUCUCCUCCUCUUCUUCUUCUUCUUCAUCAUCAUCAUCUAUCGGCUGCAGUGCCUUUGGCUCCAUUAAUGCCAGGACUAGUAGUGAAAUAGCAAAGGAGCUGGAGGAACAGUUUUACACCCUGGUUCCUUUCGGUAGGAAUGAGCUCCUGUCUCCUCUGAAAGACAGUGAUGAGGUAAAGUCACUGUGGGUCAACAUUGACUUGGCUCUUUUGUCCAGGAUUCCAGAGCGUUUGCCUGAAGAGCCGCUGGCCAUGAGCGCCGGAGCAAACCAGGUGGCCAGCCUGCCGCAGGGUAGUAGUGCUGACCCCCCCACAGAGAAGGGUUUACCGAAAUCUAGAAGGAAACGCAAGUGUGAGAAUGAGGAAGAGUGCAGAGACAUCAAGAAGACUCACUUAGAGCGAGAGAGUUCUUCACGAUUAGCUGCCUCUGCCCACAGCAUCACAACAGCAAAUCAUUGCAAUAUGAAUGAAAAUAGCUUGGCAAUACCAAUAAAUAAAAAUGAGAAAAUGCUUCGGUCACCCGUCUCUCCCCUCUCUGAUGCAUCAAAACACAAAUACUCCAACGAUGAUUUAACUUCCUCCAGCAGACCUAAUGGCAGCAGUCUAUUACCUUCCAUCUCCUCCAGCAAAAAACAUAAGGGUGAAAUCCAGUCGCAGCCACAUCCCGGAGACUUAAAUAAAGCAAUUCACAUCAAUUCAGAAAAUGUUCUCUGCAAUAAGCCCCAGUCCCAAACAGAGUCUUGGUCACCUCUGUCCAGCACACCCAGGGACUGCAGAAGGACAAAGCUUAUCUUUGAUGAUAUGCCACGCAAUGCAGAUUACUUUAUGCAGGAAGCUAAACGGAAGAAGCAUAAAGCAGAUGCAAUGGUGGAAAAGUUUGGAAAGGCACUGAAUUAUGCAGAAGCAGCACUAUCGUUCAUUGAGUGUGGAAAUGCAAUGGAACAAGGCCCAAUGGAAUCCAAAUCCCCUUAUACAAUGUAUUCAGAAACAGUUGAACUCAUCAGGUAUGCGGUGAGACUAAAAACCCACUCAGGCCCCAACGCCACUCCAGAGGACAAACAGCUGGCAGCAUUAUGUUACCGCUGCCUGGCCCUUCUGUACUGGAGGAUGUUCCGACUCAAGAGAGACCACGCGGUCAAGUACUCGAAAGCGCUUAUUGAGUAUUUCAAGAAUUCAUCAAAAGCUGCCCAGAACCCAUCUCCUUGGGGUGCCAGUGGAAAGAGCACAGGAACUCCAUCACCCAUGUCGCCUAGCCCUUCUCCAGUCAGCUCUGUAGGAUCCCAGGGAAGCACGGGGGCCCCUUCCCCAUCUCCUAUCAUCAGCAUCCCACAGCGCAUUCAUCAGAUGGCCGCCAACCAUGUCAGCAUCACCAACAGCAUCCUGCACAGCUAUGACUACUGGGAGAUGGCUGACAACCUGGCCAAGGAAAACAGAGAUUUUUUUAACGACCUGGAUGCAUUGAUGGGACCUAUCACCUUGCACAGCAGUAUGGAGCAUUUAGUUCAGUACACUCAACAAGGACUUCACUGGGUGCGGAAUAGCGCUCACUUGUCAUAAUGACUGUGUGCCAUUCACAUGGACAGUAUACCUUUCAUGGAUAAUUCAGUUAUUCUGGACACUGUGCUACAGAAAUAGUCAACCACAGCAUUGAUCCAAACAAAGGUGAAUAUCUCUCCAAUACUGAGCAAAAUUUUUUCUGAGUGUAGACAUGUAUGUGUGCAUAUGUGCAAUAUACAAUGAUGUCUCUCCAGAAUGAAUUGUUCUGUACCACUCUCCAAACAUUUUCAUACACUAGAAAUCCUAGAAAGAACUGAUCUUAAUGCACAAAACAUACCCUUUCUAUUCUUGUGCUGAAAAACUCAGAAACAAAAAUCUUAUGGGUUGAUUGAAUCAAGUGCAAUAAGCACAGAUCCCUAUUCAGGAAAGCUCUCAACAGAUUCUUAACUUUAAGCUUGUACUGAAAUCCUGUUGACUUCAGCAAAGCUUGAGCACAUACACAAGGGCUUUCCUGAACUGGAAUGUAUGGGGGCAAAUCAUAGACAUGGAGAACUUUUACUGCGAGCAUGGACACGUCACAGACGUUUCAACAUUAACGUGCCAUCUCCCUGUUACUACCCCACUGGGGCACAUAGAAGAGUUGUGUAGUCCACAUUAAGUUGG